UUCCCAAAAACUAAUCAGGUUCAAGGAAAAUCCUUUGAACGUGGCCUCUCCUAUAUUCUUCCUGUGCCAUUCCUCACCAGAUCAUUGACUAGCCAAGCAAAAAGGGAAAAGAAGAAAGAAAACAGGAAAAGACGAGGGAGACUAGAGAGACUUCAUGAACUUGCUCCCCAUUCUAAGCAGGCAAGCAUUUGAGAGAGAGAGAGAGAGAGAGAGAGAGAGAGAGAGAGAGAGCGUUGGUUCUGUUGGUGACAUGGAGAAAUCAAGCUUUCAACAGAUGUUCAACCGGUUGAGCCAUCGUUUGAAGGAGAAGAGAGCCCUUAUUGGAAUAGCUGAGAAAAUGGAGGACCGAGGUUAGAGUGUUUCAUCUUUCCCCGCAACAAAAUCAGCGGAUUCAGCUCAGCCACAACUGACAACGAUGAACUUGUUGAAGAACUUGGAGUGUUUGGCCCCCGGAUCACCCAAUGUCAGUGAUCAAUCCUCCAAGGCAAACUCCAUAGCAAAUGAAAACCUAAACGACCUCAGGAAAGAUGUUAAUAACAAAACGGUGAAGACUGAUCAAAUAACGAUAUUUUACGCCGGAAGCGUGCACGUCUUCGAUGGUCUUCCAGUUGACAAGAUGAAGGAAGUGAUGAAUUAUGCUGCAAAAUUCAGCCCCUGUCACAUUUCCGGUCAUUUUGUUAGCAACGGUGGGGGAAGUAGCGAGACUGGUCAUGAAAAACUCAUGGCCAGUACACAAAAUAGUAGUAUCGGAGCGGGACGUUCCACAUAUCAAGAACUUCUUCAAGCCAAAACUGAAGCUGCUGCUUCUGAUCUGCCUAUCGCGCGGAGGGCUUCGCUUAACAGAUUCUUAUCAAAGAGAAAGGACAGGGCUCUGGUGAGAGCUCCUUACGUUAGGAACUCUCCUACUGCAGCAUCUACACACGAGGAGGGCAGUUCAAUUCAUUGAUCUCGAAGCUGAUUCUUCAGAGAGCCUUGAACUUAGCCUUUAGAGAUUAUGGUUAUCGGCUUGAAUUCAUCUGGAAAAAAGUUCUUGCUUUGGGCUAUGUCUAAGUACAAAUAAUUGAAUUUGAAGUAUGAAUUUGGUCCCUCUGCUUAUAUCAUUUUUUACAUUGGUUCCCGACUUGUCUGUCACAACGUAACCUGAUAUUUAGGAAAGGAUCAGACUUAUUGUUGGGCCAAUUCCAUUGACAUGGGCAAU